CUGUCUGUCCCCUGCAGACUCGAGCAUCUCCAACAGCACAACACCACAGUACAGGAGCACACACAGCCAUCAUGGGCAGCAGCACGCCCCGCGACACCCAGAUCCUCGUUGUCGGAGGCGGCAUUGGGGGCCUGUCAACUGCCAUAGCCCUGCGCAGCCCCGGCCGACAAGUCACCGUCCUCGAAAAGUCACGCAUGCUGCGUGAGACGGGCGCCCUCAUCUCGCUUCAGCCCAACGCCAGCAAGAUUGUCGACAGCUGGGGCAUCGAGUCGUUCCUCGCCGAGUGCAAGCCCAUGUCCGACAAGGCCUUCCGCAUCUUCAACACGGGCGGCAAGCUCGUCAACGAGGUCAAGCUCGACAAGGCUGCGUUCGGCGCCGACCGCGUCCUCUACCACCGCCAGGACCUACACACGGCGCUGCUCAAGGCUGCGACGAGCCCCGACCGCCCCGGCCCACCCGUCGUCGUCCGCACCGGCUGCGGAGCCGCCUCGUGCGACCCGGAGGCCGGCAGCGUCACCACGACCACAGGCGAGACCAUCACCGCCGACAUUGUCAUUGGCGCCGACGGCAUCCGCUCCGCCAUCCGCGCCCACGUCAUCGGGGAACAGCGCGACUCGAUCCCCACGGGGCUGUCCGCAUACCGCCUGCUCCUCAAGACCGCGGAUCUGCAGGGGCUCGACACCCCCGCGGACCUGAUCGACUUCAAGGACCCCGUGACGACCAUGAUCGUGGGGCCGGACAAGCGCAUCAUCAUGGGCCCGGGGCGGGAUGGCACGCUCUUCGGCGUCGUCGCCCUGGUUCCCGACACCUCGCUCAACGAGGUCUCGGCGUCGGACUCGUGGGUCGCCGAGGCCUCGCUCGACGCGCUGCUGACCUCGUACGCCGACUUCCCCAGCUGGGCGGCCGACAUCUUCAAGCGCGCCGACGACGUCUCGCUGUGGCAGCUGCGCGACAUCGACCCCCUACCCACCUGGACAAAAGGGCGGACGAUCCUGAUCGGCGACGCCGCGCACGCGAUGCUCCCGACCCAGGGCCAGGGCGCGUCGCAGGCCAUCGAGGACGCCGAGGCGCUGCAGGCCUACAUUGCCGACCUGCCCGCGGAGCCGAGCCGGGAGCAGGUCGCCGGGGCGCUGGGCCGGGUGUUCACGGCGCGGUACGAUCGCGCGAGCCUGAUCCAGAGCUACAGCCGGCAGCAGGCGCGGCCGGGCGCGGACGCCAAGAGCGGCGCCGUCAACCUGAACCCGGGCCAGUUCUUGCAGUACAACUGCCGGUACGCCGGGGCCAAGGACUGGGUGGAGAGGCAGAAGGCGGAGAGCGGGCAGGCCUGAGAGGUUUUCUGCGGGUUGUUGUUUAAUUAUUGAC